GCGAUGUUUUCCCGUCCACUCCAGAGACUGUGCCCAAAGCAUCUUUUCAGCAGAUGCAAGGCAUACGUUCACACCCAGCGUCAUGUCCCAGUUCUUUUGGAAGAGGCCCUGCACCAAAUCCGCUCCGCUUCAGAGAACAAGGAAGGCACGAGACUCUUUUGUGAUGCGACGUUUGGGGACGGAGGGUAUACGAAAAAGUUGCUAGAUAGGCUGGAUUGUAAGGUGGUUGCCAUUGAUCAAGAUCCCCUUGCAUAUGAGCGAGCAGUCGAUCUUGCGAAUAGUGCCGCUUACAGAGAUCGGAUCAUCCCAAUACAGGGAAAGUUUGGCGAUCUAGUUUCCCUUCUCCAACACAAUGUGAAUCUACAUGGUCCUUGUCUCGAUGGCAUACUAUUUGAUAUCGGAGUUUCCUCAAAUCAGUUGGACGAGGCUGGGCGAGGAUUUUCCUUCAAGAAGGACGGACCUUUGGAUAUGCGAAUGGCUUCCCGGGGCGACUCUGAUAAUUCCACGCGGGAUUUGCAAAAAACAGUUACAGCCGAAGUCAUUGUGAAUAAUUUUGCCGAGCAUCAUAUUGCCGACAUCAUUUAUCAGUACGGCGAAGAGCGUCAGUCAAGGCGUAUCGCACGCGCAAUCGCAACAGCACGGGGCAAAGCUCCCAUCAAGACAACGAAGCAGUUGGCUGAUAUCGUCUCAUCCGCCGUAGGUGGGCGAUGGGGUGCCGGGGCAGAUGGUUUCAAGCACCCUGCUGUACGAACAUUUCAAGGGCUUCGAGUUUACAUUAACGACGAACUCAAUCAACUCCGGCUCGGCCUAAAGUCCGCCGAACUCUUGCUAAAGCCGACCAGCCCCUUAGUCUGCAUCACUUUCCAUUCAUUAGAAGAUCGGAUUUUGAAGCAGUUUUUGAGGAAAUGCUCUGCGCCACAAUCCGUCGGGGUUCCUCACCAGUCCACAACGGUGGAUGCAGGGGAAUUGGAUGACUUGGAUAUGGAUAUGUUAAAUCGACCGGGGCUUAGGAUGGGACGAGACGAUGAGAAAGCAAGGGUUAGAGCAAAGAGGGAGAGAAAGCGUAAAAAGGGUGGUGGGCCGGGUGAUAUGUGGGAGCACGAAGAUUCAGAGAACGGCCCAUUUUUGCCUAGUUUCCAUGUGGUCACAAAACGAGCUGUCAAGCCGACAAGGGAAGAAGUCCAAUCAAAUCCCAGAGCAAGAUCUGCCAAACUUCGGGCCGCAAUUCGUACGGCACAUCCUCCAAUGUUUCCUCUCAAUAUGGAAGACGCAAGUGGACAUGCAUUGUGGUGAUUCACCAUUCUCAAUGUCUCUUUUUUUUUGGCCGGAAAUAAUGGAAGUCUACUGAGCAUUUCUACUGUAUUUUACGCGACAAAUGGAAAGAAAAGAACAAGAACCAUCCUAACAAUGCAAACAAGAAACCCAGCACACACAGCAAAUCAAGGAACGAAAAGACAAAUGCUCUAGCAACUAUACACAACAAAGGGAGAAACAACGAGAUAAUGCCCUAUACUUCUAGCUCCAACUGUACAAUUCCUAUCACAAAAAGCAUGCAUUGCUCCUCGCGCUCCUCUACCUUUGUUUCAUUGGACGCGCACGUCCACUCUUCUUUCUAGCAAAC